CCGAAAGAAGAAAAAGACUCCGUCCUCGAAUCUUUCUCCGCCUCGUGUUAAGAAGGCUAAACCGAGAAAGAAAGAUGGAGGGUUUAGUGUGGUGACUUCAGGUCCUAACACUAUCUCCAAUGGUUGGAGAUGUCUAAGACCAAAGGCUGUUGUUUUCGUGGAGGCAGCGGUUGUGGAGGAGGUUGCGGCGGUUGUGGUGGUUAAAGUUCUCCGUCGAAAUUACCCUUUAUGGUUUCUUGUUCGCGUGGUCUCGCGAUGUGUCUUCUCUUUGUGCUAUUACGCGCGUCGUCGCUUGCAUAGGAAGGCGAAGUCAUCACUGCCUGGAAAUGACGUCAAAAAGGGUGAAACGACGUCAGACACGAAAGAUGGAGGUCUUGUUGUCAUGUCGUCGGGAAAGAAUGAUAAGACCACCGGAUGCUGUGUGUUCGGCGCAGAAGGAGGUGAUUGCGGUGGUUGUGAAGGCGGUUGUGGAGGUGGCUGUGGAGGUGGUUGUGGAGGCGGGUGCGGAGGUGGCGGCGGUUAA